AUGCGCAACGUGUUUGUUGUUGGCUUUGCUGCCGUGAUGGCAUUUGCCGGAAGUACACUUGCUUCACCUGCCAAUGAUCAAUAUGGUGCCGUAGGAAAACGAUCUCUCUUCAAGCGUGACGAAGAAUUCAGAGUACAAGUAUUCAACGGGCGCUAUCCUGAUGGAGAGAUACAAGAGGUCGAUUACGCUGCGCCCGGUAAAACGAUUGAGUUUAAGGCAGGGUGCGGCAUCAUCACGGUCACCACCAAUACAGAAAAGGUCGUGCAGUGCGACUUUAUCCUUCCUAGUAAUCUUGGCCCGGGGACAUACAGAGCAACACCGGCUGCCGGGUACUUUACUAUCACAGCCCCAGCUAGUUGUGCGGGUCGGCAUAUAUCCGCCUACAAUACUUGUACUGGCUGUGGCGAUAUCGGGGAGCACUGGAGAAAGCUUGACUGCCACGGCAAAGCUGGAGGCGGAAAGAACGAAGUCACUCUAUGCAGGCAGGGGCAGUAUGGCAUGACCGAAUGUGGACAGCCUCUUAAGUCCAGUGGUGGCGCCACUCCAUCGACUACUUGCACCGGACUCAAACCGUGUAUCCAGAAUGACGUUUGCUAUCCUAACGGAUGCCCUGCCUAG